AUGCAAUCUCCAGAUGCCAAACAACAACAUAAGAAAAGGGUUAGUAAAGCCUGUGACUGUUGCAGAAAGUCAAAGACCAAAUGUGAUGGUCAAAGACCUUGCACAAGAUGCUUACAAGAUAAUAAAAUUUGCACCUACAUGUCUAAUAAGAAGAAAGCUGACAAAUUAUACCCAUCUUCAUAUGUUGAUUUGCUAGAGACUAGAGUUUCAAUUCUUAUCCAAUCUUUAAACAAGUUGCUAGAGAAGUCAAGAUCAGAAGUUGGUAUUGAAGAAUUUAUGAAAGAUCCAGUCAUUUAUAAUGAAAAUGGUGAAUUUGAUAUAAAUAAAGUUAUUUGUCAGUUAUUAUCUUCUGAAAAAUUGCAAAAUUUAUCACAAUCAAACAUGAAUUAUUCAAUUGAUGAGAUUACUAAUGUUACAGACAAUAGAAAUUCAUCAACAUCAUCAUCAACCCCACCAACUUCAAACACUACAACUUCGUCACCUUCAUCAACCCCAUUACACAUUUCAAUCCCAAGAAAAUCUCAGGAUUUAUCUCAUGUUCAUAAGCCUCAACAUACAAAACAUCAAUUAAAAUCUCCAACCACAACUUUUGAUUUCAACAAUAACUUGGACUCCCUACUUUAUGAACCAAUGGAUUUAAACAACACUUCAGAUGAUACCCAUUCUACAAACUCUUCAUUGAUGAGCCCCGUCUAUAGCUUGAAUGAUCAAAAUGGGUUAUAUUUGGAUACUUGGUCUCAAAACCAACAACAGCAACAACAGCAACAGACAGAUUUCCCACAAAAAUCGCUAAAUAAUAAUGAUGAUUAUGGAUUAAUCAAACAAGAGUAUGGUUUCAAUUGGGAUGGGUUUGAUUUCUCCAAAAAACCUUUAGAACAACAAGCUACAUUUGGGUUCCCAGAGUUUUAA